AGCAAUGAGUAAGUAAACACCUCCCACCACAGGAGAAGAGAAGAGCACGCCCACCUGAACGCAAGCGUGGUAAAUGUCCCCGUGCGCCCGAGGGCGGGUGACCAACUGCUGAGUCCAGCUACAGUCCAGAACUGCACGAGAGAAGCCCACCAGGCCCACCCUGCUACACGUCACACGCUUCACUCCUGCUUCUUCGACGUCUACUACCCGAACACCAGCGGGACGGUCUCGCCACACCUCGUACGGGGACGACGGCCUUCUCCUCUAUAUGACGUCAUCACCGUUGCCCUGACGUCAGGACGUCAACACAACCGUGAUCUUUGUCAGCCGCCUUUGCAUCCGCUUCGGAUACAAAUGGCGUCGCCGUGGUCUCUGCACGUCAAGAUCCUGUGGCUCUUCCCACUGGCCAUGAUAACAGCGAUGGGCGCCAACACGCGCCUUCAAUGGGAGGCCAGGCUGAAGCUCUCGCAUCAAGAAAUGAAGAACGCCUCGGCGGUCUACUGGGGGAGCGGGACCAGCGGCGGAAUCCAGGUCCUCCUAUUGGACGAAGAUCAUGGCCGCUUAUUGGUUGGAGGAAAAGACCACAUCCACAUGCUGAGCUCGGACAGCGUCGAUCUUCCUUGGAACACGGUUUCCUGGCCCGCCGCUGACGAGGCCGUGCAGCGCUGCCUCAUCAUCGGAAAGACUUUGCACGAUGACUGCGCCAACUUUGUGCGUCUGCUGCAAGCCGUCAACGACACGCACGUGUACGUUUGCGGCACGGGCGCCUUCAGGCCUCAGUGCGGCCUCCUCCGAGUCGGACUCAAGGAGGCGUUUUCGCUGCUGCCACACACUGUGACGGCCGGACGGGGAAAAUGUCCAUACAGUCCCAAAGAACCUUUCGCCGCUCACCUCAGUGACGGUGACGUCUACGCCGGCACGUCGGUGGACUUCAUGGGAAUCAAUGCCGCCAUCUUCCGAACGUCAAUAGGCGCCGGCGGCCGCCACCUGCGCACGGAAGCGUACGAUCACAACUGGCUGAACGUUCCCCGAUUCGUGGCUUCCUUCGCCAUCGCCGAAACUCACAAUGCCGCCGACGACAAGAUCUACUUCUUCUUCAGGGAAGCGGCGGUGGAGGCGGAGCAGUGGGACAAGAAGAUCUACAGCCGAGUGGCUCGAGUUUGUAAGAACGACAUUGGAGGGAGGCGGAGUCUGAUCAACCGCUGGACGACCUUCCUCAAAGCCCGCCUGGUGUGUUCCGUCCCGGGGCCCUUCGGCGUCCACACACAUUUCGACGAACUCGAGGACGUCUUUGUUAUGGAGACAAAGGACCCUCAGAACCCCGUCAUCUACGGCCUUUUCCGGACCUCCAGCUCUCUGUUGGCUGGCUCAGCCGUGUGCGCCUUCUCCAUGGCGAGCAUUCGCGCCUCCUUCAACGGUCCGUUCGCACACCAGGACAGCCCCGACCAUCGCUGGGUGGAGUUCAAAGGCCGCAUACCCUACCCCAGACCUGGGGCUUGUCCCAGCGAGACGUACGACGCUCUGCACGAGUCCACUGAGGACUUCCCGGAUGAAGUGGUGAACUUCAUGCGGCGACACCAACUCAUGUGGGAAGCCGUCCUGCCCGUGGGCGGGCGACCGGUGUUCACGCGCGUCAACGUGUCGUACCUGCUGACCAGUCUGCUUGUGGACAGACUGGACAUAGAGGGGCGAAGCACUGACGUGUUGUUCCUAGGAACAGAUGACGGCAAGGUGCUGAAGGUCGUGGCCUCGGCGACGGAAGAGAUUCUUCUGGAAGAACUCAGUGUCUUCCAGAGUGGAGUUGCCAUCCGCCAAAUGAAAAUCUCCAGCAAGAAACAACAGCUGUACGUGUCCAGCGAAGGAGGCGUGGCCCAGCUCUCCUUCCACAGGUGUCACUUGUACGCCGACUGCAGCGAGUGCCGUUUGUCUGGGGAUCCAUACUGCGCCUGGGACGGGCAGGCGUGCUCGCCACACUUUGUCUCCGGCCGCAAGAGUUUACGGGGGCAUGACCCAGCAUAUGGCGAGUCCUGGAGUCGCUGUCCAAUCACAGAUGAUUUUUUGGGUGACGAGAAGGUGAUGUACGGCAUGGAAGGAAACGCGUCCUUCCUGGAGUGCUUCCAUCGCUCGCCACAGGCGGCGCUGUCGUGGACGCUGCAACGGAGGAAUGAGCGCCAUCAUCUUCCAGUUAGCAAGGACGAGCGGUUUGUGCGCACCAACGGAGGUUUGCUGCUCCAGCGCCUCCAACUGGCCGACGACGGCAUCUACACUUGUAGCAGCGGCGAAGGCAAAUAUGUCCGCAUAGUCAGUCGCUUCCGCCUCCAUGUCAUCCCCGCGAGUGUUCUCCACCCCACCCAGGGCCCUCCCGCUUCCACCCAGGGCCUCGCAAUGACGUGGCCAGCCAGCACCAAAGAGCGGAAGGUGGUCGAGCGCUACUGCGAGCAGCAGUGGUUCCGAGACAAACGGCGGCAGCACAAAGUUUUCACCUUCAAGCUAAAACACGGAAGCAGCAAAGCUCGUGUCAGGAGGAACCAAUUGCCUCACGCAACCAUUCGAGUAUGAUCCAUAGCAGGGAUCACUAACCUGAUGCCCACUGGGACCGGGCAGCCUCCAAAGACCACCUGAGUAGCCGGCAGGCCUUGCCCAAAAAUACCACACCAUUGAUGGAACGUGGUGAUUUCCUCAGAAUUGAACGGAAUGUCUUAAUUGUUAUUGCACAUGCACAAAUACACAGCAACAAAAUUCACUUAAAAGUACAACAGGAAAAAGACAAUAACCCACAGAGGGAGACACAAUGCAGUGGGCUGACUGAUUAUAGUACAUUGAGCAUUUGGACUGUCACUGGAAGAAGAAUAGGAGUUGGUGGGGCAACCAAAAGGCGCUGUUGAUAAGGUUUUGUAAUGUAAUGUAUAAUUAAUCAUUACGUGUAUGUGUAGGAGAUGGCCUCGCUGGUACAGGAAAAUAAGGAGCGUGGCCAUUUUCAAUAAAAAAUGACUCUGUCUUCUGAA